UCAAUGUGCAUAACUUCUGAAUUGAGUUCUAAAAAGCUGGCAGAAAAUUUCAGUCUGUUACAGGAAUGUGGGUAUCACCAGCUGUUUAGCAGAUGAUGGUUCGUCGUGGGAUAAUAGCAUGGCUGUCUCGAAUAGUAGUUAUACUUGUGUUCCUCUGCUGUGCAGCAUCUGUGUUCUACAUGUUGACCUGCACUUCACGAGGAAACCAUCAACUAUCUUCAUUCCUCAGAAUUAAUAGCCCAACAGGAAAAGCGGAAUAUCGGGCAAUCCUACAAAAAGGAGAAGAAUAUUAUUGGGAUCAUAUCAAUAGCCUGAAAAGACAAAUUGCUGAGCUGAAAGAUAAGCUUCAGGAAAGGAGUGAACCAUUGAAGAAUAUGCAAGGUCAAGAUACUGACAAACUGGGGAUUAGACUAGACCUAGGAAACUCUGAAAAGUCCCAGAAAGCCCUGCUGCAGUUCCUCCAUUCCCAGAUUGACAAAGCAGAAAUACAUACUGGCAUCAAGCUACCAAAUGAAUAUGCUGCACUGCCCUUUGAGAGUUUCACCCAACAGAAAGUUUAUCAGCUGGAGAUGGGACUUUUACGUCAUCCUGAGGAGAAACCUGUGCGCAAGGACAAGAGGGAUGAAUUGGCAGAAGCUAUUGAAUCAGGGCUGGAGAUUUUAAAUAGGCCAAAGAGUUACAGCAGUAUAAAUCAUCGAAUAUACUCCAUCUCUGAUUUCAUAGAAGGCAUUCGCCGGACUGAAAGAGAUAAAGGCACACUAUAUGAGUUGAUAUUCAAAGGAGACAAAGAAUAUGAAUUUAAGCGCGUUGUUCUGUUCCGACCAUUUGGCCCCAUCAUGAAGGUUGCAAAUGAAAACCUCAAUAUGGCCCACACUCUUAUUAAUGUCAUCGUGCCGCUGGCAAAAAGGGUCAGAAAGUUUCAGCAAUUCAUGCACAAUUUUAGGGAGGUGGCUAUGCAGCAAGAUGGAAGAAUUCACCUGACUGUAGUAUACUUUGGAAAUGAACAAAUGAGCAAAGUCAAAGGAAUCCUAGAAAACAUAUCCAAAUCAGCUAAUUUCAGAAAUUACACAUUUAUUCAGCUGGAUGAAGUGUUCUCCAGGGGGAAAGGUCUGGAUGUGGGUGCAAGAUUUUGGAAAGGAACCAAUGUUGUACUUUUUUUCUGUGACGUGGAUAUAUAUUUCACAACGGAAUUCCUGAACACAUGUAGAUUAAACACACAGCCAGGAAAGAAAGUAUUCUAUCCUGUUCUUUUCAGCCAGUACAAUCCAAGUCUAAUAUAUGGACAUCAUGAUUCCAUUCCACCCUUAAAACAACAGCUGGUAAUAAAAAAAGAGGCAGGAUUUUGGAGAGACUUUGGGUUUGGAAUGACUUGUCAGUUUCGUUCUGAUUACAUCAAUAUUGGAGGGUUUGAUCUUGACAUUAAAGGAUGGGGAGGAGAAGAUGUACAACUGUACCGUAAAUACCUUCACAGCAACCUCAUGGUUAUCAGGACACCAGUCCGGGGACUUUUCCACCUCUGGCAUGAAAAGCAUUGCUUAAAUGAGCUGACACCGGAACAAUACAAGAUGUGCAUCCAGUCUAAAGCUAUGAAUGAAGCUUCUCAUGACCAGCUAGGUGUGCUGGUCUUCCAACGGGAGAUUGAAGCCUAUCGCCGUAAACAAAAAGCAAACAAUAGGAAUAUAUGAAGGCAAAAUGGGUCUUUCACAAAGCAAAAAUGAAACCUAGAUUGUAGUUUAAGAACAGCUUCUAGGGAGAAAGGAAAUUCUUGGACUUAGAUAGAACUUCAUAAACUUUUAGGUUUGUGAUAACCAGUAUCAUACAGAUAGAUUUCAACUGAUAGGACAGGCCGUUUUUUGGUUUCUUUUACUUUUUCAUCUCCAGCCCUGUGGGUUCCCAAUCGCCAGAAAAGAUUUGAGAUUGUAUAGAGAAAUGAAGGGAGAAGGAUUCAUGCACUUUGCUCAAAUGUAUCAUUUCAUCAGUGAAGUAACACUAUUUUUGGCAGAUGCUUCAUAUUUGGUUUUCUAACUUCAAAUGAUGUAUGAGUAGAUUGUACAGAGUGUUGCAUUUAUACACCCAUUUCAUUGAGAAAUUGGAUGAGCCAAUAUGAAGGGAACAUAAUAAAUAUUUUUUUCUGGCCUAGGCCACUUAUGUGAUGAACUUGAAGCUGUUCAAAGAAAGUAAAAAACCCCUACAUUGCAGAAAAAUUCUGGAGAAGAAGUUAGUAAAUUCAAAUGAAGAGUCGAAUAUGCAAAUUCAAAUGAAGAGUCAAAUGAAAUGAAUAUGCAAUGUUAAACUGAGAGAACAAAAUACAAUCAGUUUCUAUUUCAUAUUAAUGUAUAAAAAGGUGAAUUGGUGACAGGUAGAAUGCUAAAUGCCUAAAGUUUAAAAUAGAUUUAUGUAUGAAUAUGUAUGAAUAGAUUUAUGAAUCUAAGAUUAAAGCAUAAUCCAAAAAUUAAAAAAUAAA